GGCAAUCAAACCAAGCAGGGGAGCUUACAGGACCAACACUGUUUCCCCAAGAGGUUGAAAAUGGGGGACAUUCAUUGAUUGGCGCACAGAGCAAGACCACACAACAUGCUGAGACUCGGGCAUGUCUGCAUCUUGAUUGACACCCAAUCUAUAGCAAAAAAAAAAAAAGGAUACAAAAAAAAUACAGAUAUAACUCAUCUUAUUCCGCCAUAUCUCAUUGUUCCCAAUCUUUUCGAGAUUUCCAUUACUCCGUACGGCUACGCCGUUUCCUUUUCGGCGCAACUCUUCCAAAGUUCCCCCCCUCAGUCCGAAAGGAGAGAAGACGAAACGAACUACAUCCGUGCGCGCGACAGUGAUCUUAAGUGGUUGGCAUGUGAGGGCCAUUGCUUCCAUUGCGAGUGUCGCAUUCUGUCGCAACUCGAGAACAGCUUGCAUUUGCAUCGCAUUGGAAAGACGAUGAUUGACUUCAAAUUGUUGUCAACACAAAGCGGGAGAGAGUGCAUCGCAUCAUGCCGCGGGUGGAUCGCUACUCAAGCAGGAACCCGAUGGUACCCUCUUGCUGGAAUCGAUCACUUGUCGAACUGAUGAUCGAACACGAGAGAACUGAUGAAGGUGGAUGAAAA